AUGAGAUUUCUUUCUACAGAUAUGAAGGAUAGAAAUAUGCUAUUUGCUGCUAUUCCAUCUAUUUGUGCAUCAAGUCCGAAGAAGAUCUCAAUCUAUAAUGAAGAAAUCAUAGUAGCUCGUUGUUUUAUAGGAUUUCUCAUAUUCAGUCGGAAGAGUUUAGGUAAGACUUUCAAAGAAACUCUCGAUGGGAGAAUCAAGUCUAUUCAGGAAGAAUUGCUGCAAUUCUUCAAUCCUAACGAAGUAAUUCCGGAGGAAUCCAAUGAACAACAACGAUUACUUAGGAUCAGCUUGCGAAUUUGCAGCAUCGUAGUAGAAUCAUUACCAAUGGCAUGUUGUGCGCCUAAGUGCGAAAAGACAGUGCAAGCUUUGUUAUGCCGAAACCUAAAUGUAAAGUUAGCAACACUUCUAAAUGUCACUUCUUCCCGCCGCAUCCGUCUUCAGGACGAUAUAGUCACAUGUUUUCACUUUUCAGUGAGUGAAAGAUUUGUAUCCGGGUCUAUGUUCAAAGCUUCUACCAUAGACCUAAUUCGAGAAGGCUUGAUAGUCCUAAGAAAGGUGAGGGUGGGGGGUCCUAUUUAG